CAGCUUGCGCUGCUGAUGGCAGCCACCCCCGGCUGCCCGAGCUCGGCGGUUUCAUUUCGGGCCUAAAUCCUCACAACCUAUCCUGGGCUCUCUGGGAGGUCUCCCCGGAUGCUUUUUCAUCGCUCGGGUUUUAGGACGUGUCUGUAAAGAGCGAGAAUCGCUGGGCGUUCUCUGCCAGAGCCGGACACGCCGCUGCGGUGUGGGGAUGUCAGAGCGAGCAGCUCCCGAGCUCCCGGCAUCGCAGGGCAGGCUCUGCACCUUCCACGCUGCCGGGGGUGGGGGCUGCCCUGCCUUUGGAUGCAUUUCUUGGAGCCACAAACUCGCUGGGUAUCCAAAAAAUCCCUGCGUGCAGAGUGUAGAGAGCGUGGUUCUUGUGAGCGCAGCGGCUGGGCGUGCUGGCAUUUCUGAGCGGCAGCCCUGCGUGAAAGGGGAAUUUUCCACUCUUUUAUGUAAUAAAAGAGAGUAACCCCAAACGUUCUGGAGGAAGUGCACAAAGCAGCCCGGUUCUGGGGGAACCUGCCUGCUGUCAGUCCCCACACGGACGCGUUUCUGUGCUGGCAUCCUCACUCCCAGCUGCAAAACCUUUCCCCUUGGCCGCUCCAGCUGUGCUCAUGAACCAUUCCAGAAGCUCGGGUGGGCGAUUCAGAGCUGCUCUCCCACUCCUCUGCUCCAGGCAUGCAGUCAGGAGGGACGUGGGACGAAGCUGAGCGAGAAUGAAGUCACUGGGCAUUAAUUAAUUAAUUGUGGGGCAGAGCUGUGUGUGUGUGGCAGCGAUCUGAGUUAGUGCUGGGCUGGGGCAGGGGCUGAGCAUCACCCAGGGAGCUCCUUUGGGUGCGUGAGAAACUCCCUGCUCCGCUCCUGAGCCGCACAUGGCAGCUCACAACGCGUGAGUCUCAUUCUUGGUGGAUGUUUCCUCGUUCCUCUGUUGAAAUUACAUGUUUGAAAACAUUUCCUUAUGUGGUGCAGCUUGUUUGUUUGUUUGGUAAGAAUUGUGAAUUACACACGCAAAAGAGACUGUGGGAUCCGGGCCAAGGUUAGAGAUGGUUCAUAGGAAAGAAGCAUUUGAAGCAUGUGAAUAAUUCCUUUGAGUUGAAGUUAAGGUUGUGUUGUUUUCUUUUGUUUGGUUGUAUUUUUGUUCCUAGUUGGUGUCUGGCCUGCAAACAAACACCCAGCAUAGAUAACUCUUGUGACUGACAGCAUCCAAAAGCUCUCCCUGUUGGCAAGCAGGGGUUUUUUGGGCAUUUUUUCCCCCCAUCAAAGAAUAGUAAGGACUUAUUUUGUGUUCUUUUUUUGAAAGGAGCCUUCUCCAGAGGAACGCUCUGCAGGUCCAGCACAGCUGCGAGCUAAAUUCCUGCACACGGAGCACGAGCUGAGGGAGCCCAAGACAGUGACCCAGGCCGACAUGAAGGUGGAAAUCCUGCCAGCCCUCACUGACAACUACAUGUACCUCCUCAUCGACCAGGACACCAGGGAGGCUGCCAUAGUUGACCCUGUGCAGCCCCAGAAGCUGCUGGAGAUCAUCAGGAAGGAGGACGUGGUGCUCAGGGCCAUCCUCACCACCCACCACCACUGGGACCACGCCAGGGGCAACGAGGAGCUGGCCCAGCUCUUCCCCGGCCUGCGGGUGUUCGGGGCUGACGAGCGCAUCGGGGCCCUCACGCACAAGGUCACCCACGGCCAGGAGCUCUCGUUUGGGGCCAUCAGAGUGAGGUGUCUCUUCACCCCGUGCCACACCUCGGGCCACAUGUGCUACUUCAUGUGGGAGGACGAUUCCCCAGAUGCUCCGGCUCUUUUCUCAGGUGACACGCUGUUCGUGGGGGGCUGCGGGCAGUUCUUCGAGGGGACGGCGGAGCAGAUGCACACCAACCUCACCCAAAUCCUGGGGACUCUGCCCGAGGACACGAAGGUUUUCUGUGGCCAUGAAUGCACCGUCAGAAACCUCAAAUUCGCCUUGAAGGUGGAGCCAGAGAAUGAAAUGGUGAAGGAGAAGCUGGCGUGGGCCAGGCAGCGCGAUGAUGAGGACCUGCCCACGGUGCCCUCCACGCUGCACGAGGAGUUCCUGUACAACCCCUUCCUGCGGGUCACGGAGGAGCCCGUGCAGAGGUUCACGGGCAGGACAGACCCCGUGGAGGUGCUGAGGACGCUGCGCUCCGAGAGGGACAACUUCAAGAAGCCCAAGGAGAGGCCCAACCCCCAGGCCAUGCUGGCCUUCGACUGGGGGCUCUUCGGGCCCUUCCUGGAGAAGAAGUGACAUCCCCAGGGCUCCCUCCUGGCUGUGCCCAGCUCGGAUCCGCUCCCAGCUGGGCACUGGAUUUUGUCUCUAACCUGCUUUGUGUGAGGCUGCUCUGCUCUGCUCCGCUCCCCCUCCGGAUCCUGGGAUUCCCUGUGGAGCAGAUCCCUUUGGAGAGCCCGGGCUGUGGGGCUGGGAUGCUGGCAGAGGGUCAGGCCAUGGGGCAGGGGACAGUUUUGGGGUCAGUGCAGGAGCUGCCAGCUGUCCGUGGCCAUGGAAGGGAGGCAGGGAAGGGUGGGGAAAAGUGGGAAUGCUCAGGGAUUGUGCUGCUCCCCUGUUGCAUCCCAAUCCCAGGGUUUGUGUGGUGCUGGCUUUGGAUCCCCAAACUGGGAAGCCACUGGUGGCACCAGUGCCCACCCAGCUCCAGCCCCGUGCUAACAAACUCCUCAUCCCAGCAGGGGUUGGGUGGGCUUUCCCCUCUUUUUUCCCCAAUUUUUCCAAUAGGUCCCACAGGGAUUUCUGUAGGGAUUUGUCGCUGCCUUGGGGAGCCCCUUGGACCAGGUGGAGUGUCCAGGUGGAGCCCAGGCUCUGCCCCAGGAGGGAUUUCCCAAGGUGGGACAGAUUUGGGGCAGCCAAGAGCUAAAGUGCUGCCGGGCAUCCCUUGCUUUUUGCUUUUCCCAAGAUAAAAACGGGAGAACACUUGGUGCCAACCCCAUGAACACUGCCUUGCCCUCAGGAGCUCGGGAGCAGCUGGGGCUCCCAGGCCUCCCCAGCCUUCACUUUGUGCAGAACCAGGGCUGUGUUUUAUUUCUUUUUAAGUCUGAGAAAGGAGCAGAGUUUUAUUUGCAGGUGUGGGGAGGCAUUUCACACCACUGAAGACAUUUCCUUUCUUUUUCUUGUGGAUAAAAUGAGGGUUUGGUGGCAGCUCCCAGCACUGGGAUGGGAGUUGAUUUCAGGGAUUUUCAUGUGUGGACUGUGAAUUUCUUUGUUGCCACUGGAGUCUGGUUUGGGGCUUUUUCCUGUGCUACAAACUGGACCAAGGUUUUCUUAUUUCCUUUUAUUAAUUUAUAGUUUGGAUUUAUUUCCCUGCAUGGAAAGGGAAGGAUUUUUGGUAGCAUGGCCUGAAUUCCUCAGUUUCCAUCAAAUGCUGGAGUUGGAGAUGUCCCCUGUGUGUUCCUUUGGGAUUUUAUUGAUCCUGGGAGCAGGGAUGCUCCUGUGUGUGGGACCCAGCCCUGAGCCUGGGACAAAUUCCAGCUGUUCCUGGUGCCAGAAGAGAUCCCAGGGAGUCCUGGGUGGCUUCAGUGACCUCAGAGCGUGUUGGUGACCUGGGAACUGGGGAAGUGACAAAGUGUAGAGCCCUGAUUAUUUAAUUUCCUGCUAAUUUAGCUUGACUGAUUGUGCAUUUCUGGGCUGAUGCUCUGCACUGAUUCCAGGCUGGAGCCUCUCCCUGUCCCCCUUUCCUGGUUUAGCCAAAUCCCUGCAUGGAAGAAUUCACUGGAAGCACCAAUUUGCUCCUCGGGAAGGUGGGGAAGGGGCAGAAGGGGGAGGUUGAUGCCUUAGAACACUGUGAGGUCAUUAACAAUCAGCAACAGCUGAAAAAUGAAAAGCUUUUAAUUAAAAACAUGAAAAAUCU